AUGCCAGCACUUUCGGUCGAUUCUGAUUUUACGAUUUGUCCAAUUUGCAAAGGAGAAUUCAAUGAACCAAAAGCUUUGUCCUGUCUACAUACGUUUUGUGAAGAUUGUCUUCAAGACGAUAUAAAUCGUUGCCAGCAACGUUCUGAACGUAUUAUCACUGGUUUUCCAUGUUACGUAUGUCGAAAACAUAUAGCCCCGCCUGAUGUUGAUAUAGCCGUUUGUGAAUGGGCUAAAUAUUUCGUUACUAAUUUUUACGUUAAAAAGUUGCUGGCCGAAGACAAAGAUUGUUGCGAUACAAUUUGUCAAGGUCAUAGAAAUUUAAGCAAACAACAUGUAACAACACGGGUUUCUAGUUGUCAGGAAACUGUAAGUGACGACUGUAAUGGUUCCCGUGAAAUAAGUAAAUCAUACGAUAUACGGAAGCUUAGUAGGCCAAGUACUGACGCUUGCCACAUCCACGUCAAUGAAUUCUUGAAAUUGUUUUGUGACAAAUGCGAUGAACUGGUGUGUAAUAUUUGUUACGUGCAACGACAUCGAAAAUGCAGUCGAGUAUUGUCAGUAGAAGAUAUAAUACAAGUAAAAGAAGAGACCUUAAAAUUAAAGCAAGAACUAGAAAUAAAGAGAAAAGAAGCUGAGGCACUUGUUUGUGAUAUCCUGCACCAAAAGAACGCUGCCGUGGAGCAAAAGGAUCAAAUAUCGAAAGAAAUUCGAAGCGCUCGCCAGUCGAUGGAAAAACUGCUUCUAGAAAAAGAAAAACUUUCCAUUGAAAACCUAGAAAAGAUAUAUUCAUUAGAAGCCGAAAGUCUGGACAAACUCCUCGCAAAAGGAGAAGAGCUCUUGGAUUCAUUAUGUACCUCAAUCGAAUACAUUUGCUCAUGCGAAAACAAUCUCAGUUAUAUUCGGGUUCAUAAAAACGUUAAGUCUACAGUUUCUAAUCUCUGGAAGCCAAACAAUACAACUAUAAAGAAUAGACUUAACAGGACAAUAACAUUUGUCCCCAAUUCAAAUUUUAUUUACUGUUUCCGUAAAUUGCAAGAAAAGUCUAUGGGAGAAUGUAUUCUUUCUGCAAGCAACCGCCCCCGUGUUCCAAAUAUAUUUGACAGAUGUUUAAAUAUGGCAGAUAAAGACGAUGUCCUCACAAAAUGGAUAUUUACAAUGCCAUUUUCUCAGUCGGAAGCAACUUCCUUAAAACCUGCAAUUAAGAUGGUGUCUAAAGUGAUGGAAUUCUCGGCUAAAGUAGAAUCGGAGAGGCAGUGUCAAAUAGACGAUUUCGUUCUAUUAUCAGACGGCAAUUUACUCUUAACUGAUUGGCUGAAUGAGAAGGUAAAGAAGUUCAAUAAAAACGGUGAACUGUUAGGCGAGUUAGCGAUUAGCUCUUGGCCAUGUCGGAUAAGUAAUUUAACAGAGGACCAAGUAGUCAUUACCUUACCUCGUACAAGAGAAAUCGCAUAUCUUUACCAUAAUGGAGUUCUGGAACUCUAUAAAAUAAUGACUGAAUAUCGCUACUACGGAGUAGCGGCACUUGAAAACAGUCUGAUAGCUUGCUCUAGUUACUUACCACCGAAAAUCGAUCUCCUGUCCAAGCAAGGUGAAAUAAUAUCGUCAAUUACCAAUGAAGUGUUAGAUAAACCGAUUCUACUUUGGCCUCAUUACUUGACUGCUACCAAAACCGGCGAUCUGGUGAUCUCUGAUUUUUGCAAGAAAUGUAUAAUAUGUAUUGAUGUAAAAACCGUGAAAGUUAAAUUUAUUUAUAAAUCGAGCAGAAUGAAAGUGUUUUGUCCAUGUGGCAUCGACGUCGGAGACGACGGUUGCAUUUAUGUUGCAGAUUCAAAAGAGAACCAAAUUUACAAGUUUUCAAUUGACGGUGAUAUUAUAAAUUUAUUCUUGACUCCAAACGAUGGUUCUAAACACAUGGGGUUAACCGUCUGUGAUAGUAAUGCCAUCAUUAUAUCCGGAGAAACACCAUCAGAUUCUCUUAAAACAUACCUGUUGUGAUUUACUAUUAAUUUAUUUGAACGGCUUUCUGUACAAAGCAUAUUUACGUUCUAACAUAACCAAACUAAAUAUUUGAAGAAAUUGUUUAUCAGCCUGAAACCAUUCCUAGUUGUGUAUGUGAUUAUUUCCAUGACAAUACUUGAUCUUUGAUUAUAACUGUAGAUUUCGGUAAGUGCUUAUUGACACAAACAUUAUCCUAUGGUUAGAGGGAAUCCAUCUUAGAGGUCUGUCUUAAUUAACUAACGGUUUGUCGUAAGCUCCUACCUCACUUGCCCGGUUCUGAAAGUACCGCACUGUUAUUUUGUUCAUAUUCUAAUUGAAUAGAUUGUCACCAGCCAAGUUUACCAUAUUGAACCAAGGUAGAAUAUCUAAAAUAAUUUAGAUUAAUUUGAAUUUGAGAUCUACUCCUUACGCAAUCCUCCUAAUUUCAGUGUUUGAGUGUCAGUAUUUAACUGUCAAGUUUCGUCGUUAGCAAUUUCGGGAAAAAAUUCCGCACUUAUGGAAUGGUUACUCUUGCAGAAUCUUGAUUCUCAGAUUCGCUGAUAAACAAUUUAGCAUAAAUUUGAGUCUUCUGAAAAGUGUUUUUCUUUUUCUUUUUUUUUUAAUAGCUUCUUGGCCCUAACCUUGUUACUGUCGUGUUAAUAUUUGGGAAUGAAUGGCCUUCGUUAAUUUGCUUUUUGUUCUGAAGAAAUAACAAAAACCUUGAAUUUUGCGAGGUGUUUGCUAAUUCUAUAGAUCUUCAGUUAUCUCGAUUAAACUCCAGAAAUUCUUCAAAAAUGUUAUACAAUUUACAUGAUAAAAAUAUUUUGUUACAUUUGUUCUCUCUUCGUAUUUUUUUUAUAAUUCCAAUUGUCUUAGUUUCUAAUGCAACCCGUUUUCCCACAUUCUUGAUAGUCGUAUCUAUUUUUAUCUUUCAAUUUUGAGUAUAUCAUUUGAGUAUUAAAAAAUCUGAAUUUUCCUUUUCAAGUAAUUUAAGAAAAAAAUUGACGACGCUCAAUGUUUAAACGAUCCAGUGUAUUCGGGCUUGGUCUAAUCCUUGUGUAUAAUAAAUCUCUUGGUUCUUGAUGACUUUGUAGUGGCACCUUAACUCUUUCACGACUACAUAGUGAUGCUGCGUAGUUUGGCGGUUAGAGUAUUCGGCUCGCGAUCGUAAGACCGCGAGUUCGAUGCACGGCAGCGCAUUGUAUCCUUGAAAAAGACACUUUAUAUCGCGU